AUGGCGUCCAGGUUUGCGGUCAGGACUGUGGUCACUGAUGAGUCCGGGAAUGAGGAUUCCUCGAUCAAGAUCGGGAGGAUUCUGGCAAAUCCGUCGCCUGGCGAGGAAGUCGUCAUAGCAGGACUCUCCGGUAUAUACCCGGACUCGAACGAUGUGCACCACUUUCGAGACAACCUUUUUAAUAAAAUCGACAUGAUAUCUGGCGACUGCAGAAGAUGGGAACCUACGCACCCGGAGAUCCCACAAAGGACCGGAAAGGUGUACAACAUCGAGAAGUACGACGCCGGUUACUUCGGUGUCCAUCACAGACAAGCUACCUGUAUGGACCCUAUGUGUCGCUUGCUUUUGGAGAGGGUUGUCGAGGCCAUCUUCGAUGCGGGACUCAACCCUUCCGAUUUGGAGGGUACCAAUACCGGUGUGUUCAUCGGUUCUUGCUUUAGCGAAAACGAAAAGACGUGGUUCUUCGAGAAACUCAGCCCACAGACUCCAGCUAUUAUGGGCACGGAGAGGUCGAUGCUGUCCAACCGGAUCAGCUACUUCUUGAAGCUAAAAGGUCCUUCGUAUAUUUGCGAUACCGCUUGCAGCAGUUCACUAUUCGCCUUUGAACACGCUUACAAAGCCAUACGGACCGGGGAAUGCGAGAAUGCCAUUGUCUGCGGCACCAAUGUCUGCUUACAUCCCUAUUUGUCUCUCCAGUUUGCUAGGUUGGGAGUGUUAAGUCCCGAAGGUAACUGUCGACCUUUCGACGAAGCUGGAAAUGGCUACGUGAGGUCCGAGGCUAUAGUAGCGAUACUCCUGCAGAAAUCCAAAGUAUGUAAGAGGAUCUAUGCGACGGUGUUGCACGCCAAAACUAACUCCGACGGGUACAAAGACUCGGGUAUCACGUUCCCCUCUAGGGAGAUGCAGAAGAACCUGAUGCAUGAACUUUACGAAGAAUAUGACGCGAUCAAGCCUAGCGAACUUAGUUUCUUGGAGGCUCACGGAACUGGCACCAAAGUAGGCGAUCCCGAAGAGCUACAGGCUAUCGAGGAGGUCUUCCUCAACGAUAGGAAAACACCCCUCCUAAUCGGCUCUGUCAAGUCCAACAUUGGUCAUUCAGAAGCCACGUCGGGACUCUGCUCUAUAACCAAGGUGAUCAUUGCGAUGGAGACCGGUUUCAUUCCCCCCAAUAUCAACUACGAGGUGCCACGCCAAGGCAUUAAAUCGCUCGAGGAGGGCAGGUUGAAGGUGAUUACGCAAAAGACUCCUUUCCAAGAUAGCAGGGGGUUGAUCGGAGUGAAUAGCUUCGGUUUCGGCGGUAGCAACUGCCACGUGUUGCUCAGACACAACGCCAAAAUCAAGCAAGCCGCAGGCCGAUCAAAAAACGACAUCCCCAGACUUGUGUGCGUUAGUGGACGCACCGAGAACUCUGUAACUACGCUGUUGGAGGAUGUUAAGGAAAACGGAUUUGACGUGGAACAUAUCGGUCUCUUGCAUAACAUUUUCAGGAAACGCGUCGGCAACCAUUUUUACAGAGGGUACUCUUUGGUGAGCAGAACAGAAGAGAUAACGAGGUCCAUUAGAUUCAACGCUGAACGUAAAUGGCCACUGGUUUUGGCAUUCGGCGAGAUGAAUCUCUCCAAGCAGCAACACGCCAGCUUCCUUAAGCUGCCUAUCUUUGCAGCAACCCUCCAGAGGAUAUCAGGAACCUUGUCUCCGCUGGGAAUAAACGUAGUCGAUGUGUUUGUCAAUAUACACCAACCAGAUAGUCUCCGAGAUUCGAUAAUAAGAAAUUUGGUGACCCAACUGGCCGUGGCCGACAUCUUGCGGGAGCUGGAAAUCGAACCUGCCAGAGUGUUCGGUGCUUCGCUGGGAUUGUCUCUAGGAACAUUAGCUUGCGCUUAUUUUGACAAAGCUGUGACGCUGAAAGAAGUGAUGGAAUGCGCAUUGGCCAUAGUUAACGCGGCCAUCCUAGCCGCUAACGAGAUUAAGGGAGCUGCUGUGAUUGAAGAUUUAGGGUCUCUGAUUUCGAAAACCACCAAGAUUGCUAUCAAUCUAUCUCAAGAGCUGACGAGCAUCUUACGGAAGCCCAGACGUUUUAGUGACAAAGUAAUUCCCGAUUCGUCUGAGUUUUCAUCGGCGUACAUCAUGAUGUCGUUGGGAAGUAAAAAGGUUUUAUCUGACGUCAAAACUAUGAUUGAAGGCCAAACUACGGUCGCAGAGAUCGGCAAUGGGGUUCUUUCCCAAUGUAUCAAAAAUGAUGCCAGCAAAAAAAGGGACACCCACUUGAUGAGCAUGAGCGGUGGACUGAAAGAAUUUCUCUGCUUGAUUGGGAGUCUAUACGAGAUGGGACACAACCCCCAAAUACAGAAUCUGUAUCCCAAAAUCGAGUUUCCUGUGAGCAGAGGCACGCCCAUGAUCGCUCCCAAGAUUAAGUGGGAGCACGGACGGAACUGGUGGGUUUCUCUGUAUACCAGCGAGGGAAACCAUCAAAUUGAAGAAAAUACGGUGGCAGUUAUGACAGCCGACCCUAGCUUCACCUAUAUGGAAGGCCACAUCAUCGACGGUAGAAAUCUAUUUCCCGCAACGGGAUACCUGGAACUUGUCUGGGACACCCUCGCCCAAAUCCACGGCUUGCUCUUACUCGAUACCAAGAUCGCAUUCGAAAAUUGCAAGUUCAAAAGGGCUUGUCCUAUUCCCAAAGAAUCGUACAAAUUAGAAUUGAUCGUAAUGGUUCAAAAAGGGUCGGGAAAAUUUGAAGUAAUGGAAGGCGGUGCGGUCGUGGUCAGCGGUAAAGUCACCAAAGAUCCCAACGACGACUUGCAUCCUAUUCCUUGCUCUGCAAGAGUCGGGGCCCACGUUAUGCCCGACCUUACAAGUAAAGAUAUCUACAAAGAGCUGAGGCUGAGAGGAUACAACUACAAAGGGGCGUUCGCUUCAUUGGACAAUUGCGACAACGGUUGCCAAGUGGCGGAAAUCCCGUGGGAUGGAAACUGGGUGAACUUUAUCGACAAUAUGCUGCAGAUGAAAAUUCUGCAGGAGGAUACGCGACUUCUCUACGUUCCGACUCGCAUCGGCCGAAUGUUGGUGGACCCUAGGAGACACUUGGCUAUCGUCAAGUCAUACGGCGAGAAUCCAAAAUUGCCUGUCUAUAUAUCAAAAGAAGCCGAUAUCAUAAGAUCGGGUGGAAUCGAAAUUAGAGGUCUCAACGCGAGCGCCGUUCCUAGAAAGAAGUACCUCGGCACUCCGGUACUUGAGAAGUACGUGUUCGUCCCGAAUGUUCGGGAUAUGGAACUACAUCAGGCGAUACGCACGAAUAUGCAGAUUCUAUUGGAAAAUACGUUCAGUAUUAGGGUCAAAGUGGUCGAAUUAAUAGAUGAAUCGUCGAACGUAGACUCGAAACCCUUGGGAGAUAUGGUUCACGAUGUCCUUGCGGAUCAACCCUUAAUCCAGCCGGAUAUCACUAUCUUGGCGAAGGGCAUGUUGGAGAUGAAGAACGUUAAAGUUGAAGAUAAGAAACUGUUGACCGAAACGGAAUGCAGUUUGGUGAUCGGCUCCAAGAUCCUACAGAGGCCGAAGAUCCUACAACUGGCAUUCGGGUCUAUCAAAGAGCACGCGUUUAUCCUCUCCAGAGAACCUAUCGAUUAUGACCCUUGGACUAGCAUCAAUCCCAUGGUCACUAUUGUUACGGUUUUUACGACGAAAGAAGAGCGUUUGAUCUUCUUCAGGAAAGCUAUCCAAUUUGUACGACCUUCUGCGGUGCGGAUAUCUGACGAAGAACGUUUGGGAUGGCUGUCUCAGCUCCAAGCCUGCAUCAAGAAAGACGGGAACGUCCUAGCCUAUGCGCAAGGUGAACCGUCGAGUGGUAUCCUGGGCUUGGUCAACUGUACCAGAAGGGAACCAGGCGGUCAAAACGUCAAGUGCGUUUUCGUGGUAGAUGAGGCCCCUGAAUUCGAUCUAGAUGAUAAUUUUUACGUCGACCAGCUAAGCAAAAAUCUUGCCGUCAACGUUUUCAAGGACGGUCAGUGGGGUACCUACAGACAUCUUCUGUUGGAAAGGUCGCACGUCAUUGAAGCGGAGCACUGUUAUCUGACGCAAUCUAUAAGGGGCGACCUGAGCAGUUUCCGAUGGACCGAGGGUAAUUUACGAGUGGAUAGUCAAUUGCAGUCCAACGAGAAGUUGGUAUCUGUAUACUAUGCCUCGUUAAACUUCAGGGACGUUAUGACUGCUGCAGGUAAAAUAAGUGUCGACGUAAUAUCGCGCGACAGACGUGAGCAAGAUUGCGUCCAGGGUUUGGAGUUCGCUGGCAGAACCAUGGAUGGUCGACGAGUGAUGGGCCUGGUAUACAAAGGUGCCCUAUCGACACUUAUAGUUGGAGACACUUACCUAUUGUGGCCGGUACCCGAUCACUGGACCCUCGAAGACGCAGUAACAGUACCAGUCGUCUACAGCACUUGCCUCUACGCUCUAAGGAUCGGGGGCUUGACUAAGGGAGAUUCGAUUCUAAUCCAUUCUGGUACCGGAGGAAUUGGACAAGCCGCUAUAGCGUUAGCCCUCCACAUUGGAUGCACUGUUUAUACCACAGUUGGUACUCGAGAGAAAAGAGACUUUUUGAAAAAACGUUUCCCGCAACUGACUGAUAAGCAUAUAUACAGUUCCCGCGACACCAACUUUGAAAAUCAAAUAAUGAAAGCUACUGGCGGUAAAGGCGUGAACGUUGUCUUAAAUUCGCUAGCGGAGGAAAUGCUUCUAGCUUCGGUGAGAUGCUUGGCGAGGGGCGGGCGGUUCAUGGAAAUCGGAAAGUUUGACCUAGCCAACGACAACCCCCUCAACUUGCUGUUGUUCCAGAAGCAAGCCAGUUUUCAUGGUUUCAUGCUGGAUGAUUUCUUCAGACUGACGCCGGACGUCAAAAGGCAGUUCCACGAGGUCUUCCAGGAAGCGCUCAACUCGGGAGCAAUUCAGCCGCUGAAGAAGAACAUCUUCAAGAUGGACGAGGUGGAGCAGGCGUUCAGGUUCAUGGCUUCCGGUAAACAUAUUGGAAAAGUUAUGAUGCAGAUUAAGAAAGAGGAAAACGAAAAGGUUGUGAAGCCGGUUAUAGGAAAAUUUCCUGGCCUACCCAGAUAUUACUGCGAUGAGCAAAAGUCCUACAUCAUCUGCGGAGGUCUAGGGGGAUUCGGAUUGGAGUUAGCAGACUGGCUAGCACUGCGAGGAUGCAGGAAACUAAUCCUGACGUCCAGACAUGGUGUACGAACCGGCUAUCAGGGCUACAGGAUAUCAAUUUGGAAGUCCUACGGAUGCACAGUGGAAAUAUCCACGGAAAACAUAACUACGCUUGAAGGUUGCACGGCUGUUAUCAAAAAGGCUAACGAACUUGGACCGGUCCAUGCCAUAUUCAACCUGGCUGUCGUCCUUAAAGAUUCAAUUUUAGAGAAUCAAGAUGAGAAAUCAUUCAAGGUGCCUUUCGGAGCUAAAGCGUGUGCUACUGCCAACUUGGACGCCGCUAGCAGAGAACUGUGUCCCCAAUUGAGGGAUUUCGUGGUUUUCUCCUCGGUGUCUUGCGGAAGAGGAAACGCGGGUCAGACCAACUACGGAAUGGCCAAUUCCAUAAUGGAGAGGCUCUGUGAGAAAAGGCGAAGCGACGGGUAUCCUGCAUUGGCAAUCGAAUGGGGAGCCGUAGGAGAGGUCGGCCUGGUAGCGGAAAUGCAAAAGGAACACACGGAAAUAGCCAUAGGAGGCACGUUGCAGCAACGGAUAUCGAGCUGCUUGCAGGUGUUGGACGUGCUCCUGCGGCAAAACGAAGCGGCAGUGGUUUCUAGCAUGGUGGUCGCGGAAAAAAGGGCCGGCUUCGGAGCUGGAGAUAAUAUUUUGGACGCGGUAGCCAGUAUUCUAGGUAUACAAGACUUGAAAGCGAUCAGCUUCCAGGCUACCCUCGCGGAAGUUGGUAUGGACUCGAUGACGGCGGUAGAGAUUAAACAGACCCUGGAGACGGAGUUCGAGGUAUUUUUAACUGCGCAGGACAUUAAAAGUAUGACGUUUGCUAGAUUGCAAGAGAUCCAGCUUGAGAAAACGGCAGAACUCGCAACUGGUUCCAAAACCAAAGCCCUGAUGGGCAUGGACAUGAUCCUGAGGAUAAGUGUGGAACAAGAGUCUGUAAAUUUACCAUUGGUAUCCAUGAGGAAGUGUGCCGACAGUUUGCGUACUGUCGUUCUCUUCCCGGGCGUUGAGGGUAUUAUAAGCGUCUUGAAACCGCUAUAUACCAAUUUGGACGCGGAUAUCCUUGGGCUGCAGUUCUGCAACUACAAUCAAGCAGAUACGAUAGAGGGGAUGGCCGGCGCUAUUCUGCCGAUUAUCGAAGAAAGGAUGCCGAAGCAGCGACCUUUUAAUAUCGUGGCAUAUUCGUUUGGAGCCGUCGUUGCUUUGGAGGUAGUCAGCUUGCUGGAGAAGAAGGGGUAUUGCGGGAGCAUGGUGUCCAUCGACGGUGCGCCGGAUCAAUUGAAGAAACUCACCAAAAUAUUGGAGGUGGAAUCAGAUGACCGAUUCCAAACCAGCCUGUUGAUCCAUUUGAUGUGUUUGAUCAUUCCAUUCGACCGUAUUUCCAAGCAUGUGGAAGCCCUCUACAAAUGUUCCAACUUCGAAGAAAGGCUAAAGUUAGGGGAGGCUAUAGUAGGCAACAAGGCUUUGCAUUCUCCGGAGCACCAAAAAGCUAGUACAAUUAGUUUAUACAAGCGAAUUAAGGCGUUAGUUAUGUACGAGCCAGAUUUCAAGUUGAAGUCUCGAGUGACGCUGCUGAAACCGACCCAUUCCAGUAUCGAAAUGGAUUCCGAAGACUACGGUCUAUCGAAGGUGUGCGAGCACCCGGUAGAGUUGAAGAUGUUCGAAGGGAACCACGUCACCAUCCUAGAGAACCCCGAAGUUUGGCAAGCCAUCAACCAUAUCGUCGGAGGUGGUGUGACCGAAGUCGGCACCAAGGAGGAGGAACUCUUGGUGCACGCGGACGCUGUCAGCGACGAAGCGAAGGAAAAUAACUUGUGUUAAUUGAGUGUAAUUUGUGCGA